ACCACCCAGUCCUUGAAAGAUGAGCUGUUCUCGCCGCCACUACAGCUCUGGCCUCUGGGCUCCAAGGAGGGGUGGGGACGGUGGGGACAUCAGGCUGCCUCGCAGUACCCAGGGAGUGACUGAAGUGCCCAUGCUGCUUGCUCCGGAGAAGAAUGUCCAUCACCAAGAGCGAACCCUGAUGAAAACUAUGGACUUUGGGUGAUGAUGAUGUGUCAAUGCAGGUUCAUCAAUUACAACAAAUUGACUGCUCUUGUGGGGGAUGAAACCUCAGAUCUGCUCUGAAGUCCUUUCAACUGACUGAAUGAGGCCCAUGCAGGGAGUCGAAGACAAGCUUCCUUAGUGAAAGCCAGCUGACUGUGGGCUGUCACCACACAGACAAACUGCUUCACAGCAAUACUGAGAUUAGCAUGAAAUGGAAUAACCGGCGCCUGUUGUCCAGCCAGGCGGACCCACAGACUCACCGCAGCAGAGCACCUACAGGAGGCCACGGAGGCCCAGGUGUGGCCUCGCACACAUCCCACUCUGAGUCCAAAUGUUCUCUCCCUGGAAGACAACAAUGUUUCUGUCUGUUCGUGAGGACUCCAUGCCCACCACGGCCUCUUUCAGCGCCGACAUGCUCAAUGUCACCUUGCAAUUGCCAACUCUUAACGGGACCUUUGCCCAGAGCAAAUGCCCCCAAAUAGAGUGGCUGAGCUGGCUCAACACCAUCCAGGCCCCCUUCCUCUGGGUGCUGUUCGUGCUGGCCACCCUAGAGAACAUCUUUGUCCUCAGCGUCUUCUGCCUGCACAAGAGCAGCUGCACGGUGGCAGAGAUCUACCUGGGGAACCUGGCCGCAGCAGACCUGAUCCUGGCCUGCGGGUUGCCCUUCUGGGCCAUCACCAUCUCCAACAACUUCGACUGGCUCUUUGGGGAGACGCUCUGCCGCGUGGUGAAUGCCAUUACCUCCAUGAACCUGUACAGCAGCAUCUGUUUCCUGAUGCUGGUGAGCAUCGACCGCUACCUGGCCCUGGUGAAAACCAUGUCCAUGGGCCGGAUGCGUGGCGUGCGCUGGGCCAAGCUCUACAGCUUGGUGAUCUGGGCAUGCACGCUGCUCCUGAGCUCACCCAUGCUGGUGUUCCGGACCAUGAAGGAGUACAGCGACGAGGGCCACAACGUCACUGCUUGCGUCAUCAGCUACCCAUCCCUCGUCUGGGAAGUGUUCACCAACACGCUCCUGAAUGUCGUGGGCUUCCUGCUGCCCCUGAGCGUCAUCACUUUCUGCACGAUGCAGAUCAUGCAGGUGCUGCGGAACAAUGAGAUGCAGAAGUUCAAGGAGAUCCAGACAGAGAGGAGGGCCACGGUGCUGGUCCUGGUUGUGUUGCUGCUAUUCGUCAUCUGCUGGCUGCCCUUCCAGGUCAGCACCUUCCUGGACACGCUGCAUCGCCUCGGCAUCCUCUCCAGCUGCCAGGACGAGCACAUCAUCGAUGUAAUCACACAGAUCGCCUCCUUCAUGGCCUACAGCAACAGCUGCCUCAACCCACUGGUGUACGUGAUUGUGGGCAAGCGCUUCCGAAAGAAGUCUUGGGAGGUGUACCAGGGAGUGUGCCAGAAAGGGGGCUGUAGGUCAGAACCCAUUCAGAUGGAGAACUCCAUGGGCACACUGCGGACCUCCAUCUCGGUGGAACGCCAGAUUCACAAACUGCAGGACUGGGCGGGGAGCAGACAGUGAGCAAACGCCAGCAGGGCUGCUGUGAAUUUGUGUUAAGGAUUGAGGGACAGUUGCUUUUCAGCAUGGACCCAGGAAUGCCAAGGGGACAUCUAUGCAUGACCUUGGGAAAUGAGUUGGUGUCUCCAGUAAAACACAGGAGAAUAAUUCCUGCCCUGCCCAGUUUUGCAGGGAGCAUGGCUGUGAGGAUGGGGUGAACUCAUGCACAGCCUAGGACUCCAUAAACACGACAGCAUUACUGUUCUUAUUUGCUGCCACACCUGAGCCAGCCUGCUCCUUCCCAGGAGUGGAGGGGGCCUGGGGACAGGGACAGGAGUGACUGAGCUUCCCUCCCACAUGGUGUCCCUCCCUGCCCCAGCAAGACAACUUGGAUCUCCAGCAGAACCGCCAUCCAGCUUUGGUGCAAUGGCUGAGUGCACAAGUGAAUUGUUGCCCUGGGUUUCUUUAAUCCAUUCAGCUAGAACUUUGGAGGACAAUUUCUUACAUUAAUGAAGGUUAAGCCCUGAGGGGUCCCUGAUAAGAACCUGGAGACCAGGAUUCUGUGGCACCCCUCACUGAUGGACAAGGUGGUCUGUGCCAAAGAAGAAUCCAAUAAGCACAUAUUGAGCACUUGCUGUAUAAGCAAUAUUGAGCACUGGAGGCAAGAGGGAAGAAAGAGAAGGAGCCAUCUCCAUCUUGAAGGAACUCAAAGACCGACUGGGAAUGACUGGGCACUGCCACCACCAGAAAGUUGUUCGAUGAGAUGGUUGAGCAGGGUGCUGUGGGUGAUAUGGAGAGCAGAAGGGGGGAGCCCAAGGUUCCAGCUCAACCAAUAACUAUUGCACAACCACCUGUCCCUGCCUCAGUUCCCUCUUCUGUAACAUGAAGUCGUUGUGAGGAUUAAAGGCAGUAACAGGUAUAAAAGUACUUUGAAAAGCAAAGGGUGCUAUGUACAUGUGAGGCAUUAUUAUGCACAUGUAACUGGGAUAUGUUUACUAUAAGGAAAAGACACUGAGGUCUAGAAAUAGCUCCGUGGAGCAGAAUCAGUAUUGGGAGCCGGUGGCAGCGUGAAGUACCAGUGUCUGGCACACAGUAGGUGCUCAUUGGCUCGCUUCCACCUGUCCUCCCCACCCGACUGCCACACACACAUGAGCAUUUGGGGAGAAGGCCAUGUCUUCAAAGUUUGAUUUGUGAUGAGGCAGAGGAAGAAAUUUCUAAUCGGUCUUGCCCAGAGGAUCACAGUGCUGAGACUCCCACCACCAACCGGUACCUGGGGAGGGGGAGAGUGCAGGCCUGCUCAGAGACUGUUCCUCUCUCAGCAACCAAGGGAUUGUUCCUGUCAAUCAAUGGUUUAUUGGAAGGUAUCCCAGUACACGCCCUAGAAGAGUGUGAGUAGGAAUGGCAAUGGCAUUCACCAUCAGCAGUGCCAGGGCAGCACUCAUUCACUUGAUACAUGAAUAUUUAUUAGCUGGUUGGAGAGCUAGAACCUGGAGAACUAGAACCUGGAGGGCUAGAACCUGGAGAGGCUAGAACCUAGAGGGGCUAGAACCUAAAGAAGCUAAAAUCUGGAAAGGCUAUAACCUGGAGAGCUAGAAGCUGGAGGGCUAGAACCUGGAGGGAAAGAACCUGGAAGGCUAGAACUGAGAGAGGCUAGAACCUAGAGAAGCUAAAACCCGGAGAGCUAGAAACUGGAGGGCUAGAACCUGGAGGGCUGGAAUCUAGACAGCUGGAACCUGGAGAGCUAGAACCUGAAGGGCUAGAACCUGAAGGGCUGGAAUCUGGAGGGCUAGAAUCUGGAGAGCUAGGAUCUGGAGGGUUAGAACCUGGUGGGCUAGAACCUAGAAGGGCUACAACCUGGUGGGCUAGAAUGUAGAAGGGCUAGAACCUGGAAAGCUAGAACCUGGAGGGCUAGAAUCUGGAAAGCUAGAAUCUGGAGGGCUAGAACCUGGAGAGCUAGAACCUGGCGGACUAGAACCUGGCAGGCUAGAACCUGGUGGGCUAGAACCUAGACAGGCUAGAACCUGGAGGGAAAGAACCUAGAGGGUUAGAACCUGGAGAAUGAGAAAAAUUUACAUGGCAAAGAGCCCAUAAAUCCUGACCAAUUCAACUCUGAAUUUUAAAGCAAAAGUGUUAAAAAACGAUUCCCUCCUUACCCUCAACCCACUCUUUCUUCCCACCACCCACACCCCUCUGCCCCAAUAAAUACCUGGAGAAAGAAAACAGGUGAAAGAAGAAGUAAAAACCAUUUAGUAUUAGAAUGAAGUCAAACUGUGCCAUACAUGAUGAAUGAAAAAAAAAAAAAAGAGGCUGUGUUUUGUCACACAGGGCAGUCAUUCAUCAGCAGAGCACGUGGAUGGGCUGAGACUCUCUUAGAAGCAGAACUCUAUCCCAAUGGCCAUGUGGGGAUCCACACCUAGUCUGAGGGGCAACUGAGUCUGCGGGAGAAGAGCUGCCCUGUGCAUGGUGUAGAUGCCCUGAUAAAGAACAUCUCCCCUGUGAAAGACUCAAAGAGCUGUUAUGUUGUAAACGGGAAGCAUUUCACAUCCGAAUGAGAAAAUGGAUGAAUCAUGUAAGCAUGUGUCUUUUCUGUACUGCAUAAUAAAUGGAUGAGGUUUUUGCAUA